GGGCGUGCGCCGGCCACUCGUGCGCUGUGCUCCGCCGGCGACAGCAGCGGCGGUGGCUGUGGUGUGGUGGCAGUGGCGGUGGUCUGCUGACCCGGUCAGAUACACACAGGUGCUUCUAAAGAAUCCUCACCAUGGGGCAGUGUUUUUCAAGGCAGAGACAUAAACGGGAGUAUUUCUCCAUCAACCGGUCUGACCAGAGCGAUAUCGUGCUGCCCAAGCCAGCGACUUCGGACUUGGCCAGCCAGCCGCUGCUGGACGGCGCUCUGGCCGUGGCGGAGCUGGACCUCUGCGUCCGUACGAACGGUGCCGACCACUGCACGGCGGUGUACCAGCGCGGCCUGCGGCGCCGGGCGCUGGUCGUGCGCCGCGGCCAGCCCUUCCACAUCUGCGUCCGCUUCAACCGAAAGUACACCGAGGAGCGGGACCACAUAUCGCUCAUCUUCACCGUGGACGAGGGCGAUCGAGCGGCCGACGUGCCGUCGGUGGGCCACGGCACCCUGGAGGCGGUGCCCGUCACACCGGAGGACGAGGCGCCCACCGGUGCCUGGCACGCGCACAUUGCCGAAAACGAGGGCGACAAAAUCACACUCAGGGUGACGUCAUCAGCCAGCAGUAUCGUUGGCAAAUGGCGUCUGGAGCAGAGGGUCAUCAGAACUGCAUACCACGUAAUCAAACACUCGAUGCCGCAGUUGCAGUUUGAGAAGAUGAUUACGUUGCAGGACAUCAACGGCCUGAACAUGGGGAACAUAGGUCACAGCUUCAUGCAGAUGAAUCGCUUCCGCAGAGAGUUCUUUCUGGAGGUGCUCGAGCUGCUGACCCGCCACAUCUCCAGAACAGCAUGUGUCGCCGUCAUGGCCGACAAGGUUACAGUGAAGCACCGGACCAUAGAUAUAACGGCUGUCAUGGCCGUUGUACCCGAGGCUCCAAGCGGACAUCUCAUUCAGAGCUUCGUUGUCGGUGCACCUGUCGUUAAGAAACACGAUGGGACAUCACUGGCCAACGGCUGGAUCAAAACGCUGGCGGCCGUCGGCAUCAAAAGCCCCAAGCAGAUCGCUGCCAUAUGCACAGACGGGCAGUAUCACGGGCUGUCAGUGCCCAGCAAAUUCUUGGAGCAGCUGGCGAAGACGCAGGAGGACGUUCGCGAGAGGUCGAUGUCGCCCUGUGUGCCCAUGCUGUGGGAUGGAGCACACCUACUUGCUCUGGCUGAGGACUCUGCCAAAGAUGAAGAUAAGUGCCUCUGGGUGUGGGCCGUCGUAAACUCAAUCACAAGAGUAACUAAGAGGCACACGACAGGAAAAGGCCGCGAGCUGCUCCGAAACGCCCAGAAGAAGCUGGGGCUGAAGAAGAAGUGCCCCCGCCUGUGGUCAACGACGCGGUUCGCUCCCCACGCCGCUGCCGUCCUGAAGACGUUCCUGUACAACAUGCCCGCGUAUCUACACUGUCUGGAAGCGGAGUACAGGACGUCGACGGCAAGGCCAGAUGCCAUCGAAGUACUGAGGAACGACCUUCGUCUACUGAGAGACGAUGUGUGCUUCCGGGGUCAGGUGGCCGCGCUUCUGGACGUGUACCAGGUGCUAGCGGCGGGCAGCCGGGACCUGCAGAGCCUACAGAAGCUGCCGUGGGAGCGGCAGGGCGAUUUCGCUGACAUGGUGGGAAAGCUGACGGCAAUGGCAGGUGCCCUGAAGGCGGCCGUUCGUCCCAAGAGGCGGGAGGAGGGCGUCAACAAGGCCGGUGAGCGGAAGGGCUCCAGCAACCUGCGCCUGAUCAAGGCCAUGCCCCAUGUGCGGAUGGUGGCAGAUCUGGACCAGCUCUCGUCAUCACCCACCUCAGGGGUCGUCGAUGACAUGCUGAAGAGCGUCGAUCGACUUAGGUCAGAUGGCCUGAUACCUGAGACAGGCUCUACAGAAAGGAUGCGGGAUGCCAUGCUGGCCUCAUACAAGGUUAUCCGCGCAGAACGAAUGAACAAACCAAAUCUAGGCAACCAGGAACUGUUCAAAAUUCUCUGGCAGCGUGCGGAACAGGACAUCAAGCCGUAUAUCAACCUGGUCACCCGCCUGUGGCUGAUUUCGCCGUGCGAAAGCGUGGUUGAGAGCAUGGGCUCUGUCGUCGCGGACGUAUUCGGGGAGCACAGGAACCUGAAGCAUGCAAACGCUGCGAUGGAACUGGUGGUGGACACGAGGACGGGCGACCACUCGCUGAACUACAGCCACCCCACACUCGUCUACAUGCUGUUCAACCCGUGGUGUUCAGAGGACGCCGUGUACCUGCCGGAGCCGGCCGAGCGCCGCGAGUACGUCGAGUCGGACGCGGGCCUGCUGUACCGCGGCAGCCACAGCCGGCCGCGGCCCUGUCCCUGGAGCUACGGCCAGUACGAGGCGGACGUGCUCGACUGCAGCCUGGCCGUAGUCGGGCGCGCCAUCUGCAACCGACUGGCCGACCGCGCCGACCCCGUGCUCGUGGUGCGAGCCGUCUCAGCCAUGGUGAACCACUGUGACGAGGACGGCGUGCUGGUGGGCAACUGGAGCGGCGAGUACGCCGGCGGCACGGCGCCCACCCGGUGGCAGGGCUCCGUGCAGAUUCUGCAGCAGUACCACCGCACCGGACGGCCCGUCAAGUUCGGACAGUGCUGGGUGUUCGCCGGGGUCUCCACCACCGUGUGCCGGGCGCUGGGCAUCCCGUGCCGGCCGGUGACCAACUACUCGUCGGCUCACGACACCCACGGCAGCCUCACUAUCGACGUGUUCUACGACAGCGAGGGCGAGCCCAUCGAGCGGCUCAACAGGGACUCCACUUGGAAUUUCCACGUGUGGAACGAGGCGUGGAUGCUGCGGCCGGAUCUGGAGAGCACCGCCAGUCGGUCCAGCUACGGCGGCUGGCAGGCGUUCGACGCCACGCCGCAGGAGGUCAGCGAAGGCCGGUACGCCUGCGGCCCGUGCGCGCUGCAGGCGGUCCGGAACGGCGAGGUGAAGCGCGCCUUCGACGUGGGCUUUGUGUUCGCCGAGGUGAACGCGGACCGGGUGUUCUGGAAGUACUCGGGUCCGCGGCAGCCGCUCAAACUGCUUCUCACCGAGCGCGCAGACGUCGGCAAGGCGGUGGUCACCAAAGCUCUGGGCGAAUGGACUCACGAGGAUCUGACGAGCAAAUACAAACACGAUGAAGAGACAGACGUUGAGCGCCGGACGAUGCUGAACGCGCUCCGCGAGACGGGACACGUCUUCAGCAGGUUCUACCUCAACGAGGAGCUCGAGGACAUCCACUGCGACUUCGCCCUCAACGACGACAUCGUCAUCGGACAGACGUUCCAUGUGACCCUGCGGGUGGAGAACCGUAGCGAGGACCGGCCGUACACGGUGUCGGCUCACCUCCGAGUCGAUACACAGCUCUACACCGGCCGGGCCGGCCAGUUCGUCAAAAAGAACAACUACCGAUUCCAGGUGGAGCCCGGAAACGAGGAGGAGAUCUCGAUGCCGGUCUCGUACGACGAGUACUACGACCAGCUGGUGGACCAGAGCGCCUUCCGCAUCGCGGCCAUCGUCAGCGUCCUCGACACCGACUACGAGUACUUCGCCAGCGACGACUUCAGGGUCCGCAAACCCGACAUCCGGAUAGAGCUGGACGGGCACCCGUCAGUGGGCGCCGAGCUGCGAGUGAUAGCCGAGUUCAACAACCCCCUGCCCACCCGGCUGACCCGCGGACGGUUCCUCCUGGAGGGAGGCGGCCUCACCGAGCCCGUCAAAAUCAAAGUCAACAAGACUGUCGGUCCGUACGAGCCGGUACGGGCGGUGGCCACCAUCGUGCCCUGGUCGGCCGGCGAGCACCUGCUGGCCGCCAAAUUCUACUCCAAACAGCUGAACGACGUGGACGGCUUCCUGCGGAUCCUGGUGAAGCCGCGACUGGAGAACACGGGCAGCAUCCUGGAGGACGGAUCCACAGAAUUGGGACGCAUGUAGGACAGGAUCCGCACAGCUGGGACGGAUCCAUUGGGCUGGGGCGCAUGUAGGGAUACUGACGGUACUCGGGAUGAUUCGCCGAAGCAAGCGCAUCUUGUGAAGAGCAGUAAAAAUUGGUCCGUUUUAGUGCAGACUGCUGGAAACGCGCACAGCCGGUUUGGUGGAGCCAGUACAGGAAAUUUGGUGGGAGACCAAUUUACGAUUCGGUAAAAUUUUGCGUCUUGGCUGCUGAUUUUGGCAAAGAGAGCAAAGCUUAAGUUUGAUUUAAUAUCAACACUGAUCAUGUUAAGUUUUACGAACUCAAACUACCCAUUGAAGUUUAUAUGCUUUCAGAGCAUGGGUGCGUUAUUUGUAUCCGUCAAGCGUCUGUGGACGAGUCGCUUCCGAUAAAGUCGUGAUGUGCCCUGGUGUAUCGUUUCUCUGCAGGACUAGGCUACAUUUUCAUUGGGUAAGGCAUCUCCGAGAAGUCGGUUAUUGAUUUCCUGGCGUCUGACAGACGGCCUGGCGGCAUCAAAAGCGAGCCUUUAAUAGCUGCAGAGCGAGCGCCGUAUCGCAACGUACCGAUACGAAUUAUGUUGUUCGACUGUUCCAUCUCCGACAGGUGAAAUGUUGUCACCUUAGGCCACUGUUCACUGUUCAGUGUUCUAUGUUACUGUAUCAUAAGUUAGACUAUGACUCGGUCCCUGUCCUUUAGUGACACAGCCGCAGCGUAAUAGCCAGACGAUGGAUUAAUACCGCGGCCUCCAUUUACCCCGGGGCUUCUCUGAUGCCCGCCGUGCCGCCGGCGGCGCUCAAUCAAAGCUCCCGGUUUGUGGAACAGCGACCAGGUGCGGUUCCGGAACCACGGCCGGCCAGGCGUGGUUCUCUCGACAGGCUGAUUAGCCGGUUCCAUGAAUUUGUGGUUAUUGGACGUGAUAAACACGAGCCUACCUUGAACUGCGGCUGACGCGUGUCGCCGGUGUGCGUUAAAUGUUCUGUGCUCCGGUGCAGUUCCGCAGGCUAACGACACACGACUGCGUCGUGUGUCGUUACUGUGCACAGAGUGGAAUUUUGAUCCUGUGGGGUGCAGGCCACCACAUCAGUAUGGCAUAGAGGUCGGUUACAGCGAGGCUGGGAAAUAUCUCAGGGGGCUCCAUCUCUGUCUGUAGUCGCCUGGCCAGCCUGACCGACGAUAGCGAAUCAGUCAAACGCCAGUGACUGUGUGUGAGUUGAGCUUUCCCUGCCAGUGGUGUUCAGAUGAGGCUAUAGUCUUGGAUAAGUUAAAGGAGAGCGGCAUUUGUGACGCCUGAUCUGUGGAGUUUCGCUUUGUAACAGCCUUCGUCGUUUUAAUAAGGUCUGCCUAAGUCACAGCUGAGAAUGGAGAGUUUACUCGCGGGGUUCUUUGCCGCAUGGAAGUUCCAAUGAACUUCCACUCGUGUGUGAUUGUACCGUCUUUGUGUUUCCAUGAAGUGUUGUGUCUGAAACGUUAGACAUUGUCUGGGAACUUGAAACGAGUAAUUGUUUUGUACUCUUUUCUAAGCUAGCCAUAGGCUGUCUCGUUCAACAGCCUUUGCACUAACCAACCUAACCAAAGUUGUCUGUGAUUAUUGCUUGCUUCUGGCCAGUGUAAAUAUAUCGAUGUCAAUAAACUACGCACGUCAAUACUGAA